UGAGUGCAAUUUGUGUAAACAAGCAAAACGAAAGGCGAUUGGUCAAAUAUUUUGUGAAAGUUAUUCGGUGAAAAACGGUCCCAAAACCGCAGAUAUCUACAUGAACACUUCGUGUGUGGCAUGCCGGAGCAGCGGGGCUGGCAUGGUGGCCAUUUAUCAGCACCCCAAUGGCCUGGAUCACAUGUUUAAUUCCGUCACUGGAAUCGAGGUCGAAGAAGCAGACUUUCUAUGCAUUCCUUGUUACGAUGAUCUCAAAUCGGCACACGUUUUUAAACAAAAGUGCAUCAAAAAUAACAUUCUCAGGGUAAGCAAACCGUCAACGAGUUCAAAGAAUACAAGCAAGAAUUUUGAACAGGAAGAUAAAAUCGGAGAAUCGAACAGCGCUGAUGCAACCGAAGAUGCACCCAAGGUGUCCACGACUUCAACGGGAGAUUUGGCCGAGCUGAAUGAAGUUAGCAGAUUGUUCUCUGAGGAGGAAGUAGAAGAACAUGAGGAGGAGGAAGAAGAAGAGUUGGAGGAAAUAGAGAUUAUUCAUGAAGAUGAAGUAACGAUUGAGGAGUCCCAAAUUAUGGAAGAUCACACGGCACAAGAGAAUGACGAAAUUGAGGAUUCCUGUAAUGAGUUCGAUGAGACUGAUUUGGACCUAGACACUGAAGGCGUUGCAGACCGUAUCAAAAUUGAGCCAACGACCAUUUAUGAAGAGGAAGUAAAAAUAUCCAGCAGAAAUUCUCAGCCUAGGAAGCCUCGUCGUCAAACAGACUCUACAGAUGAAAACGAACUGCUGACCCCGGGGAUGCUUGCAACUUUACCCGCGGUACAUAGUUUAAUGUGCGAAUUUUGCUUCCGAGAAUUUUCGGAUUCGAAAAAGAAAAUUGAACAUGAAAAUGGUCAUGCAUUGGAAACGAAACCCUACAAAUGUUUUAACUGUCCGGGCGAGUUCAAAGAUAAACCCGGUCUCCGGAGCCACAUCCGUAUACAUUCACAGUUUAAGCGGUUCAAGUGCCAGUACUGUGAACGGCGCUUCCACUCCAGAGGAAACCUCAACACUCACGAGAAAACACAUGCUGGCAUCAAACCACAUCUUUGUCCACAUUGCGGGAAAGGUUUUACCGAAGCUGGAAAUCUGAAAACGCACAUCGGCUACCAUACUGGGGAGAAAUCGUAUUCGUGUUCUAGGUGUUCCAAGACAUUUCGUACCCACUAUUCGCGGGCAGUGCAUGAGCGCACCCACCGGAACGACCGGCCCCACCGGUGUGAUCAGUGCGAGAAAGCUUUCUACACGGCGGCCAAGCUGAUCAUUCAUCAGAGGGUGCACACGGGCGAACGGCCGUACAGGUGUUCGGUUUGUCCGGCCAAGUUUGCCGAUAGCAGUGGAUUGGCACGGCACUCGAAGCGACAUGCAACGGUGGCUAGCUGAACUACCUUCACGAAAAUUCGUACGACUGCCAAGUACCAGUGAGCUGAACAGAAUGCAUGAAAAAAUGGUAUACCUAUUAAUCACAACGGAUUAAAAGUUUAUUCGAAGAAAUAAAAUUUAU